AUGGAAUCCAACACCCUACACGCCGAACACGAUGGAAUCGAGAUUGAAGAAAGCGACUACGAGAGACCUCCUGCCAAGGACGGCACGCGGGGGCCAUAUGUGAUGGACCUUACCGGAGACAGUGAUGAUGAGUACGAGCCGCCGUCCAACCCACCCGCGGGUAAAAGUUUCAGAGAAAUGUCCAUGACGUUGCCUGUUGAACCAACCACCUCGAAACGCUCACCAUGGAAAAAGAUAUCACAGUACUCGCUGCUCAAUCGCCGUCACGAGAAGGGCUAUGGACCUGAUGACGGUAUCCGGCCUGAUAGCCAUGUCGACUUCCCAGUCAAGCGAGUGAUAUCAGCCUCACCUGCUGAAGAAGUGGACGAUGGCCCUGAUCCCAGUGAGCCGUGGGCAUCCAGUUCGAUCGAUGACAGGCAGCAUGAUGACGGAGAAGGGGAGAAGUGCCAAGAGAGUGAGGCCGGAUUCAACAAUGAAGAUGAUUUUCGACUGCAAAGCGUUGAGCCUAGUCUUCUUCAAUUCUUAGAUAUGUUUUCGGUUCGAGUCGUCGAGAGCACGCCGUGCUCGAUCACCGGAGCAAAGUAUAUCUUCGAGCUGCAGACAAAGUGGGUCUCUUCCGAAUCCAUUAUCGAGGCAGUCGGCCACGACACGUUUAAGAAGUCCGUGCUAGAAGCUACGCGCCAUUCGACACUGAGAGAAAGGAAAAGAAAGCGGGAGAGCUACUGA